GAGAACACUUUGGAGGGGAUUUUCCUUAAACACCGUGGUAACGUUCCUCCACUCUGAGGCAUCCCUCACCAGGAAAACGAGCGUGAAGAGAUGCCAAACCAAUAUCUAAAAGGAAGGACGGAUGAGAAUGACAAAAGGGAAGAUGAUGUUCCUACUGAUGGAAAAGUUGAGAAAGACAGUAAAACAAAAGAGAAGAAGAAAAAGCCUAAAAUGGUCAGCCCACUGGCUUUGUUUCGCUUUGCAAGUUGUGCAGACAAACUUCUAAUGGUGCUUGGUAGUGUCGCUGCUAUAAUUCAGGGAGCCGGCAUGCCACUCAUGGUCAUCGUAUUUGGACAGAUGACGGACAGCUUUGUCAACCAUGAAAUUGUACAAAACCUGUCAGCUUUUGGAGGACAGAAUGUGAUUAGUAAUGCUUCAGAGACAUUAGAGGAACAGAUGACAAGAUUUUCCUAUUACUACGUGGGCUUAGGGGCAGCUGUUCUGGUUGCUGCCUAUAUCCAAGUUUCCUUCUGGUCAUUAACUGCAGCAAGACAGACACAAAAGAUAAGAAAGACUUUUUUUCAUUCAUUGUUACGGCAGGAAAUAGGAUGGUUUGAUGUAAUUCAGAUUGGCGAACUCAACACCCGGCUAACAGAUGAUAUUGCAAAGAUAAGUGAAGGAAUUGGUGAUAAAAUAGGCUUGCUGAUACAAUCACUAGCCUCCUUUAUAGGGGGUUUUGUGGUUGGCUUUAUCAAAGGAUGGAAACUAGCACUGGUGAUUCUGGCUGUGAGUCCGGUACUAGGAAUUUGUGCAGCGAUCUGGUCCAAGUUGUUGUCUUCGUUCACAAAACAAGAGCAAAGUGCAUAUGCAAAAGCUGGAGCUGUGGCUGAGGAGGCGUUGUCAGGUUUCAGGACUGUUGUAGCUUUUGGAGGACAAAAGAAAGAAGUUGCAAGGUAUGAGAAGAAUUUGAUUGAAGCUAAGAACGUUGGAAUCAAAAAGUCAAUUAGCAGCAAUAUUGCGGUGGGUUUCACCUUCUUAAUGAUCUAUGCGUCGUAUGCUCUGGCAUUCUGGUAUGGAAGUACUCUGAUAUUGGAUGAUAAUUAUACAAUUGGAAAAGUGCUAACAGUGUUCUUUUCGGUGCUGAUUGGGGCAUUUUCUAUUGGCCAGACUUCACCAAAUAUUGAGGCACUUGGCAGUGCAAGGGGAGCAGCCUACAUAGUCUUCAACAUCAUUGAUCAGGAACCAUCAAUUGACAGUUUUUCAGAAAGUGGACAUAAACCUGAUCAAGUUAAAGGAGACGUUGAAUUUAUAAAUGUACACUUCAAAUACCCUUCCCGGUCUGAUGUUCAGAUAUUAAAAGGUCUCAACUUGAAGUUGAAAUGCGGGCAAACAGUCGCUCUGGUUGGCAGCAGUGGCUGUGGUAAAAGCACCACCAUCCAACUUCUGCAGAGAUUCUAUGACCCUGAAGAAGGAAUGAUUAUGCUUGAUGGACAGGAUAUCCGAACUUUGAAUGUUAGGCAUCUUAGGGAAAUGAUUGGGGUGGUGAGCCAGGAACCUAUACUCUUUGCAACCACGAUAGCUGAAAACAUUCGUUACGGUCGUCAAAAUGUCAGUAUGACUGAGAUAGAAGAAGCUACCAAGGAAGCUAAUGCAUAUGAUUUUAUUAUGAAACUGCCAGAUAAAUUUGAAACGUUAGUUGGCGAAAGAGGCACACAGCUAAGCGGAGGCCAGAAGCAAAGAAUUGCCAUUGCCCGUGCUCUGGUACGUAAUCCAAAGAUUCUGCUGCUGGAUGAAGCUACAUCAGCUUUAGAUGCUGAGAGUGAAGCUACUGUUCAAGCUGCUCUUGAUAAGGUACGCCAAGGCCGCACUACUAUAGUUAUUGCUCACCGUCUGUCAACAGUCCAAAAUGCUGACCUCAUUGCAGGAUUACAGGAUGGUGUCAUUUCAGAGAUGGGAACCCAUGAAGAGCUGAUGGCGGCAAAAGGAAUUUAUCAUGCGUUGGUGACGACACAGACGUUUAAGGAUGAAGAUGAUGAGACAGAUGAAUUGGCUAAUGAAGCUGAACCUAAGACUGUUGCCACAAAAUCACUGCGAAGGCGGUCAACACGUGCCAGCAUGAAAAGGCCAGGAACAGCUACAGAAAACAAGGAUGCUGAUGUUGUUCCACAGGAUGAAAAUCUUCCCAACAUGUCCUUUCUGCAUAUUCUUAAGAUGAAUAAGACCGAAUGGCCGUACAUACUUGUUGGAACAUUCUGUUCUAUUCUAAAUGGUAUCCUGCAGCCAGCAUUUGCCUUGAUAUUUUCCGAAAUUAUUGCUGUUUUCGCUAAUACAGACAAAAAUCAUAUUCGCCAUCAGAGUACACUUUUUUCGCUGUUAUUCCUAGCACUUGGAGGUAUCUCCUUCAUCACAUUCUUUCUACAGGGUUUCACAUUUGGCAAAUCUGGAGAGAUACUGACACUGAGACUCCGAUACUUGGCCUUUAAGGCAAUGAUGCGACAGGAUGUUAGCUGGUUUGAUGAUUCUAAGAACAGCACCGGAGCAUUGACUACCAGACUCGCUACUGAUGCAUCUCAAGUUAAGGGGGCUACGGGUGUCAGACUUGGUUUGAUUUCACAGAAUACAGCUAAUCUAGGAUGUUCAAUUAUUAUUUCCUUCGUCUAUGGCUGGCAGCUGACACUAUUGAUCUUGGCUAUUGUGCCAAUCUUGGCAUUAGCAGGACUGGUACAAAUGAGAAUGCUCACGGGACAUGCCAACAAAGACAAGUCGGAACUUGAGAAAGCAGGAAAGAUUGCUACAGAGGCAGUCGAAAACAUUCGAACUGUUGUAGCUCUAACAAGAGAACGAAAGUUUGAAGAAAUGUAUGAAGAAAACAUGAAAGUUCCUUCCAGGAAUUCAAGAAAGAAGGCUCACAUUUACGGAAUCACCAGUGCAAUUUCACAAGCAAUUGUCUACUUUGCCUAUGCAGCAUGUUUUCGAUUUGGAGCCUGGCUGGUGACAAAUAAUUACAUGGCUUUCCGGGAUGUUUUUCUUGUAUUCUCAGCAAUUGUAUUUGGAGCUAUGGCUUUGGGACAGACCAGCUCAUUUGCACCAGACUAUGCAAAGGCCAAGAUCUCAGCAGCCCACAUCAGAAUGCUGCUUGAUCAAACACCAUCUAUAGACAGCUACAGUGAAAGUGGACAUGUUCCUGCAUCUUUUGAAGGAAUAGUGAAGUUCGAGGAUGUUGGCUUUAACUAUCCUACUCGACCUGAUGUGAUGGUGUUGCAAAAUUUGACACUUUCAGUUGGGAAGGGGCAAACCUUGGCUCUAGUGGGGAGCAGUGGCUGUGGGAAAAGUACCACUGUACAGCUGCUGGAGAGGUACUAUGAUCCACUACGUGGAAAAGUGUUUUUAGAUGGGCACAACAUGAAGGAUCUCAAUAUUCAAUGGGCCCGGGCACAGAUGGGUAUUGUGUCCCAGGAACCUGUUUUGUUCGACUGCAGUAUUGCUGACAACAUUGCUUAUGGAGACAACAGCAGAGUUGUCCCCCAGGAGGAGAUAGAGGUUGCAGCCAAAGCAGCAAACAUACAUACGUUUAUUGAAACUCUGCCUCAGAAAUACAAUACGUGUGUUGGAGACAAGGGUGCCCAGCUCUCUGGAGGUCAGAAACAGCGUGUUGCCAUUGCUCGAGCCUUAGUCCGAAACCCCAAGAUCCUCCUCUUGGAUGAAGCUACUUCAGCACUGGAUACAGAAAGUGAAAUGAUCGUCCAAGAGGCGCUGGAUAAAGCAAGAGAAGGACGUACCUGCAUUGUUAUAGCUCAUCGCCUGUCUACCAUCCAGAAUGCUAAUAAAAUAGCAGUGUUUAGCAAUGGCCAGAUUGCAGAGGAAGGAACACAUCAUCAGCUUCUUGCUAACCAGGCUCUAUACUACAGUCUAGUGACAGCACAAAUGGGAAAAAACUGAGUGACUUAAGGAAAGAAAAAGAAAAUUAAAUUACUGCAAUGCAGUCAUUGAAAAAUUGUAAAUUAGUACUUCAGUUGUACUUUCUGUUAAAUACCAAUGAAAAAGUAAA